AUGUCGUCCAGUCUACUAGGUUUUAAGGUUGAUCAUCUUCUAACCAAUGAACUAGAUUACGAGCUUAGAGUUCGAGGUAGUGUUCCUCAAGGUACCGACCCAGGGAAGAAGAAAAUUCUUCGUGGAGCUCUAAAGCAAGAAUCUAUGAACCGCAGCGUUCAUAACCCUGUUGUUACCUUUACUUUUGUUGAGGAACAAAAAGCCAUUGCUGAUACUAUUGCAGAUCUCUCCGUUAAAAUCACCGACUUUAAUGGUUUAACUACCAAUUUUGGCUAUGUCAAUCCAGAUGGUUUAAUUGAAGACGACAACAAUUUUACUAUUGAAGUAAAAUAUCCCUUUGUCCUGAAAAGCUGCUCAAUAGAACAAAGAGUAACUGUAAAGAAAAUUAAAUUUCUUGCUAAUGAUGAGGAGGGGUUGUUGUAUUUAAGAAACACUUAUCCGUAUUACUACCAAAUACAAGGGCAGCUACAUCUUUCAGGCAAGGAAUAUUGUUAUUUCAUUGUCUGGUCUCCUUUAGGCCCUAUCCAUGUUGAAGAAAUUUGCAGAGUUUUCAAAGAACAAAAUGUAUCCUAA